CCGCGGUUCCUGCGCUCCUGGGCGCCCCCUCCCCGCCCUCCCGGCAUGGAGUCCGCGGGGCGCGCCCAGGACCGGGUCCCCAGGGUGGACCCUUACGGGUUUGAGAGGCCUGAGGACUUCGAUUACGCCGCUUAUGAGGAGUUCGCUUCCGCCUACCUGGUCGUGCUCACCAGAAGAGCCAUAAAAUGGUCUAAACUUCUGAAGGGGAGGGGCCGUGUCCAGAGAAGUGGCACAGUGAAGCGCUAUAUCCGGAAAGGCAUCCCCCUCGAGCACCGGGCCCGUGUCUGGAUGGGGGUGAGUGGAGCCCAGGCCCAGAUGGACCAGAACCCCGGCUAUUACCAGCGCCUGCUCCAGGGCGAGCACAACGACAGGCUGGAGGAGGCCAUCAGGACAGAUAUGAACAGGACCUUCCCGGACAACAUAAAGUUCCGGAAGAGCGCAGACCCCUGCUUACAGAAGACCCUGUACAACGUGCUGCUGGCCUAUGGGCGCCACAACCAAGGUGUGGGCUAUUGCCAGGGCAUGAAUUUCAUAGCUGGAUACCUGAUCCUCGUCACCAAGAGUGAGGAAGAGUCCUUCUGGCUGUUGGAUGCUCUCGUGGGAAGGAUACUGCCGGAUUACUACAGUCCUGCCAUGCUGGGCCUGAAGACGGACCAGGAGGUCCUGGGAGAGCUGGUGAGGACCAGGCUACCAGCGGUGGCAGCCCUGAUGGACGGGCACGGUGUCCUGUGGCCCCUGGUGGUGUCGCGCUGGUUCAUCUGCCUGUUUGUGGACAUCCUGCCCGUGGAGACUGUGCUCCGGAUCUGGGACUGUUUGUUUAACGAAGGGUCCAAGAUUAUCUUCCGAGUGGCCCUGACCCUGCUCAAGCAGCAUCAGGCCUUUAUUUUGGAAGGGACCAGCGUGGUGGACAUCUGCGAGAGGUUCAAGGCCAUCACCAGGGGCAGUUUCGUGACCGAGUGCCACACCUUCAUGCAGAAGGUAUUCUCCGAGCCUGGGAGCCUGUCCAUGGCCACGAUCAGCAGGCUGCGUGCGAGCUGCCGGGCCAGGCUGCUGGCACAGGGCUGA